AUGGCCGCACGAGAAUCGGGUCGCAUCCGGGAAGCGGACAAGAAGCGAACGUUGGAUGAUGCGGCAAGGAAGCGUCGCGCGCGGAAGGCACUGGAGGCCUUGGAACAGGACAACUACCACGAAGAUCCGCACGCCGAUCUGGUGAUGUCAAAGAAGGUUCCGAAAUUCUACGACAAUCUGGAUGGAAGUGCGCCGAGUAAGAAGAAAAAUCGCCGCACCAAGGGCGCUGAGUAUUAUCGGGCAAAGUAUCGUAAAACGUUCCCGCAGUUGCUCGAAGAGGACAAGCUGCAGCGACCUGAUCCGCCGAACUACUUCAGCGCUGCCGCAUCACCUUCGAAGCUCCCGGAGCGACAUUUUUGUGCGGUUUGUGGUUUUCCUUCCAGCUACACGUGUACGGCGUGCGGCACUCGGUACUGCUGUGUCCGCUGCCUUGGCACGCACCAGGAUACUCGUUGUCUCAAGUGGACUGCAUAAAACCGUCGGCAGGGAAACUUAAACUUGUAUAUGUAAUAAAGCAAAAACAAAAUUC